AUGGUGUCGCCAGUUCACGACGACGACACGGACUAUUCUGACCUCGACGAAGAAGCACCCUCAGCCGCACCAGCCUCACGACGCCAUGCUGGGCCAAAGAACCGAGAACGAUUGAGCGAAAGAACACCACUCUUGAGCACCUCACCACCACCUCCAGCCUAUGCCGAUGUGACAAGACUGUACGGCACCCCUCCGUACAUCGCUCGGAAUGAAUUAAAUAGUGCCCAACCAGAUCAGUUACGCCAUGAGGAUGCGACCACACCAGCCCAUACGAGAAUUGAAGAGCCGCAGAGCAUAGGCGACCCAGGACGAGAUGCCGAGCAAGGGAAAAAAGUGACUAAGAAGCGCAGAUUCUUGACCAACCGAAAGGCACUUGCAUGUCUGGUAUUUGUUCUCGCAUUUUCUCUUGUUGCACUUACGACAGUAACGACGUUCAAGCAUGAUAAAAGUGGUGAUUCAGUAAGUAGUGGUUUGAACCUCUUCACAUUGUCUACCAUUGACGCACGGCACAGNAACAGUGAUGGCAACAGCCCUUCUCCCGCCGACGGCUUCCCUCACUAUUGGAGGUGCAAUUACGAAUCCAUCAGCGAUCGCCAGACUUGGUCUUUCCAAUCGCCGCGCAGCUUCAGCUUUGUAGAGAUUACAGAAGGAGCACACAACCCCUCGAGCGACAUCAACGGCCAGAUCCGCAUCUUGCUCGGAGCAGAGGACCAGAAAAACCCACUCCUGAUGGAGAUGCGAGUCGCAAAAUCAACAGCCGCCCAAGAAUUACAUUUUAAUGUCGAUUAUACAGGCGAGAGCCUACGCCUGAAUGCGCCUUCUUCCUUGCCAAGCUAUCAGAGGGCUUGCAUGGAGAUUGACAUGAGUCUCUGGAUCAGACCAGGUGCUCAGUUCGAACAUCUGGAAAUCGCGACUGAGCAUCUCGACAUCAAGAUUGACCCCGGUCUCUUCUCACAAUCUCUCGAACCUUCAUCGCCUGGUCAGAAUGGUCUAUACUACAUUAGUAACCAUACCGAUUUCAUCGCGGUCUCGGGAUCUCUUUCGGCUGCAUACUGGGAGAGUGGCCGAGAAACUCGUAUAGAUGUUGUUUCGGGCGGUGUCAGUGGCCGCUUUGCUCUCAAGGAUCUCCUGUCAAUCAAAACAGCGUCAGGAAGCAUCAACAUAGAUGUCGAACCGAAACCAGAAAGCCCAACCGCCCCUCGACCUGCUUCCUUUGUGGCAACCAGCGAGUCUGGAAGUAUCAAGGCCAGCUUCCCAAUGUCUAACGCGGUUGCGGAUAUUCCACCUCGAUUGUAUCACACCAAGGUUGAGACUAAAAGUGGGUCCAUUCAUGGAAGCUAUAUCCAUGGCCUCAACACAGAUAUUAGCACAGCCAGCGGCUCAAUUGGCGUCGAUAUUCUGCCCUAUUCCGCAAACAGCACUGGAAGUUGGCUUCGAACGGAAUCUGCUGGAGGAGGGAUUCGUGUCAAUGUGAUGCCGCCUUAUGAGGACCCGCAAAACGUUAUGGGGCAUCUGAGAGGUGUUCACAAGACCAAGUCUGGAAGCCUGCGCAUACAAUAUCCUCAGCAAUGGGAGGGAAAGAUUGAGGCUGUGACAAUGUCAGGAAGUGUCAAACUUCAUGGAAAAGAUGUCGAGGUGCUAAAAAGAUGGUCAGGGCCUGUUGGAGCUCAUGUAAUUGCUCAAAAGGGGCAAGCUAGCAGUGCCAUGGACUUGGGCACGGUGUCGGGCAGCAUAGACGCAACUGUUGGUGAUGUGUGA